CAUUCACAAUCUCAUAAAACAUAUUUCAUUAUUUCUCAAAUAAUAGAAGUAUUGAGAACAUAUUGAGAAAGAGAAAAAAAAAACACAUAUAAUUAUUAGUUAUAUAAAUCUUAAUUAGAGAUGGCUAGAUCAAGAAAGUCACAUGUAAUUGUGGCUCUCUUGGUUAUGUUAAUCUCAAUUGAAUUGUCCAUCAACGUUAUGGGCCAAGCCCAAGGUGGUAACAAUAACGGAAAUGACAACGGCAACAAUAACACUGGAGACAACAACGGUAACGGUAACGGCAACAACAAUACUGGAGAUAAUAACGGGAACAACAAUGGUAACAACAACACUGGAAGCAACAACGGUAACGGUAAUGGAAACAACAAUAGUGGAAGUAACAAUGGAAAUGGAAACGGAAAUAAUAAUGGUGGAAGUAAUAAUGGAAAUGGAAACGGUAACAACAACGGUGGAAGUAAUAACGGUAAUGGUAACGGUAACGGUAAUGGAAAUGGGAACUCAAACCCAAGUCCAAACUCAAACCCAAACCCAAGCCCAAGCCCAACGAAGCCCACUAAACCCACUAAACCCACGAAACCCACUAAGCCACCGGGGUACGCUGCUUCAACACAUUACGAUGUUUUAACACCGUUAGGUUCAGGAAGAGAACGGGCAUUGUGCCAAGCUAGAGGAAAAUGUAACAAGAAAACGCUGACGUGUCCAGAGGAAUGCCCAACAAGAAAGCCUAAGAAUAACAAGAAGAAGAAAGGUUGUUAUGUUGAUUGCAGCAGCAAAUGUGAAGUUACUUGCAAGUUUAGAAGACCCAACUGUAAUGGUUACGGUUCACUCUGCUACGAUCCACGUUUUGUUGGCGGUGACGGUGUAAUGUUCUACUUCCACGGCGCAAAGGAUGGAAACUUUGCCAUAGUCUCCGACGAAAACCUCCACAUAAAUGCCCACUUCAUCGGAACAAGGCCUCAAGGAAGGACUCGAGAUUUCACAUGGGUCCAAGCCCUAUCUGUCAUGUUCGACACCCACACCCUUGUCAUUGGAGCAAAACGUGUCUCACAAUGGAACGAUGGUGUGGAUGCCCUCACCGUUAGCUGGGACGGUGAGUCCAUCCAAAUCCCAACUAACGGAGAGGCUGAAUGGAGAGCUGACAGCUCUCUCAGCAAACGACAAGUCGUUUUGGAGAGAACUGACGAUUAUAACAGUGUCAGAGUAACAGUGGCAGGUCUUGUCCAAAUGGACAUUAAAGUGAAACCCAUUGGGAAAGAGGAGAACAAAAUCCACAACUAUCAAAUCCCAAAAGGAGAUUCCUUUGCUCACUUGGAAACUCAGUUCAAAUUCUUGGAUUUGUCAGAUUCUGUUGAAGGAGUUUUGGGUAAGACUUACAGACCUGGGUACGUGAGCCCGGUGAAGAUUGGAGUUCCGAUGCCAAUCAUGGGUGGAGAAGAUAAGUACAAAACGACGUCGUUGUAUUCUCCUCUUUGUAAGCAUUGCAGGUUUCAGAGGCCAAACAAUGGUGAUGAAGUUGCUCAAUUCUGAUGAUAAUAACAUAUAUAGAAAUUCAUAACAAUAAAUGUUAUAUUUGGUUUUGAGAAACAUACUUUAAUUUCUUAUUUAUGCUAUAUUUUGUAAUUUAAUAUUGUAAAACACAAAUAAAGGGCUAAAAAAAUGUCCAUGUAUUCAUUUUUUCAUUAAUCUU